AUGCAAAAUGAUAUGACAACAAUCACAAAUGAAGAAUUUUCAAAACCAAACAAGGUUGUACUACCAGUAAUAAACCCAAUACAAAACCCGGAAGUCCUAAUUUUUGACUUAAACGAUAUUAAAUAUUUACGUGAUUUGAAAAUUCUAGGAACUUUAAUAGGUACAUUACAAAAUUUCCCACAACAAAAUCUAUUCUUAUCAAUUCCAUUAAAGAUCAACGUAUAUGAUGUUAUAUGGUUAGUUAAAUACGAUCAUGGGGUAUUAGUUGAUCAAUUGGCUUAUCGAAAUGAAAGGAGAUUGAAAACUACCACUAAAUCAAAAAAUUUAAAUCAUAAUGGUUCAGUUAUAUUAAUUCCAAGUACUGAAUCAGAUAGAGAUUGGGAUUUGAUCAAUAAAAACAAACUAUCCAUAAAACAAUAUUUGCAUUCUUACCUACAUACCCAAACUAACAAAUCAAAUAUAUCAAGAUAUUUCCACUAUUAUAACUUUCUAAUAAAUCAAGGUUUUUACAUAAAUCCAGGUUUAAAAUUCGGUGGAGAUUUUGUGAUAUAUCCAGGUGAUCCAUUAAGGUAUCAUUCAUAUUCAACUAUAAAAUUUGAAUUUAUUGAUUGUUAUGAAAUUAUUAGUGGUGGUAGAUUAGCUACUAGUGUUAAAAAAAAUUUAAUUUUAAUGGGAGAAAGAAAUAAAAGCAGUAAAGUAGAGGAGAAAGAUGAUAAGGAAGUUGUGGUUGAUGAUGAUUUUAUUGAGGAGUUGUUCGAUGAUGAAGUGCCUCUCUGUUUCUCAAUUGAAUGGGCUGGGUUUGGUUAA